AUGGGGUGUACAGUCACAUUAAUAGGCGGUGAAUUAUCCUUCUCCUGCAAGAGUCCAAGCCAACCACCGGAUGUUCUUUCGUUCCAAACCGGCUCAUCAUUCCUUGCUCUCCCAAAAUGGGGCGCUUUGGCUAGUGGUAGCUUAUCGUUCCACUUCCGUACAACUGAAAAGGAUGGCCUUAUUCUUUUUCACGGCAACAUGGGAAAGGAUGCCUUUGAUUAUGUCGCUUUCGAGUUGAUAGACGGUCAUUUACAUAUGAUCAUUAACCUUGGCAGCGGUGCC